GGCCCAGCUGUCUCAAAUCUCCUAAGCCCUGUUUGGGGCACCCCAGCUGCAGGCUCCACUUGCCCCAGGGAAUAGACAGGUGGGCACAGAGGAUUGCUGCACAAAUGGUGGGAGGUGCAGAGAAGGUGACAUAAUGGAGAGUCUAGGAGGGACCGAUCCGCUUCUUCAUAGCAUUGUUUGAAACAACUAAAAGAAACCCAUAGCAGCGAGUUCCUUAGGAGUGAUCAGUUCCUCAGGAGUGGUGGGGCUCCUCUGCCUCUGGGCUGUGAAUCCCAGCUAUUUCGCAUGUGAUAUGCAACCAAAACCCUUGCCUUGUUGGGCCUCCACGGGCAGAGCAGCACUCUCCCAGAGCUGCAUUUUUCCUACAAAGGAAGGCUGUGGGGUGCUAAUCUGGGUGUGAGCGCAGAACUACAAUAGGUGUGGGAGAGAAGAGAGAAUGACAGACAGGAUAUAGCUAAAAUAGGAAUGACUAUCCCAGGCCUUAGAGUUUGUCCCUGGGUUGACAGAGGUUUCUGUCCCAGGAUCUGGUUGGGUCCAUGAAAUCUGCCCUUCAAGUCACUCUUCUAUAGGGAGUGACCCCGAUGCUCCUGGGCAGUGACCAGUGGCCCCUCGCACCACUGCUUCUGCUUGGUGGUUUCUGGGCCUCCCCAGGCCAGGGAACCCCUACUGGAACACCUUUGCUUAAUAAGGAGGCAAAGACAGAUCAAUCGAUUGAUUGGAUAGAGUAACCAGAAGGCCAUCGGUGGAGGCCAGUUUUCACUGGCAAAGACCCCUCCUGGGCAGUAGCACCAGCUCUGGGUUUGCUAUGUCCUCUCUCCUGAGGCCCAGGUAGGUCUCCAGCGGCUUCUCCGUGUGUUUUGACUUCCUCAAGGCCUCUGAGACAUGGUGGAACAGCCUUGGGUCCAACCAGAGAGCCAGCCUGAGUUCACUCAACCUGUGCUUGCUUCCCCAUCGCAUCCCCAUUAUUCCCGGUUGCAGUUGUUAUGCCCAACCAGGUCCUUCCAAGCCUCGAGUCCCCGCAGACCCCCGCGCCGCGCUAAUAACUUCCAGCCGCCAGGACCUCUUUAAUAGCGUUCUGUGGGGGGGGGGGAGGGCGGGGGCGAAAGGGCCAGGUCAGGAGACCGAGGUCCUUCCUAGGUGGGAUCGGGCACAGUCUGCUCUGAUCUCCCUCCUCGGAAUUUUGCAAAUCCCCAGCCGUUGGGGCCAGGGAAAGCAAUUUUAUUGCCGACGAAUUUAUGAGCCAGAGCGGAGGCUAGGCGGGGAGUCCGUGGCACACAGAAUCUGGGGGCCGCCCAGGAAGGGUCUAGCCCGAGUGUGUACCGGGCCCCGCCUGGCAGUGCAGAGCAGCCCCGCGGCCGGGUCUGGCGGGUUGUUCUGCCGAUUUCUCUGCGCGCCUCCCCACCCAGUGGAAAUACCGCUCCCGGGACAUCUACCAGCUCCAGACCCAUCGCGGUCCCGGGGUGGGGGUUGGGGGCGCAGGAGGAGGGGCACACGGGGCUCGAGCCCAGCGCGGGGGCGGGUCCGAGGCGGGGGGCCCAGAACGGGAGCCGCGCGCUGGGGCCCAGGCAGCUGCGGAGCCGAGCACAGCGGGCAGCGGGACCGCCACUGCCCGGCCGGCCAUGAGCUCGGGAUCCGAGCCCCGGACACCUCCGACACCCUUCAGCAUCGCGGACAUACUAGGCCCACGCGUGGUCCCCCGAGGACCCUCUGCGUCACAGCUUCCAGAGUCGAGCCCAGGUCCCACGUCGCCGCUGUGCGCGCUGGAGGAGCUGACUAGUAAAACUUUCCGCGGACUUGACGGGCACGCUCUGCAGUCCUCUGAAGGCUGGGCCGCCCCGGGCGCGCUGGGCCCUGGCCCCGCCGGCCGCAGACGGCGAAAGUCACGCACGGCCUUUACGGCGCAGCAGGUGCUGGAGCUGGAGCGGCGCUUCGUCUUCCAGAAGUACCUGGCGCCGUCCGAGCGCGACGGGUUGGCAGCGAGGCUGGGCUUGGCCAACGCGCAGGUCGUCACGUGGUUCCAGAACCGGCGUGCCAAGCUCAAGCGCGACGUGGAGGAGAUGCGCGCCGACGUGGCCUCGCUGCACGCGCUGUCCCCCGAAAUCCAGUGCCGCCUCGCGCUGCCUCAUGGCGCCCCAGGCCUCGGCCGGCCCGACUCCGGACCCCACCUGUCAGACGAGGAGAUACAGGUGGACGAUUGAA